UGAGGUGCACUCAAACGGUUUUCCGGAAGUCAUUAGGGGACUGUCUUUCGCUCUAUUGUGGACAUGUUGCGCAAUGUUUUGGGCAGAUUUUUGACCGAAUCGCCCUUAGUUCAUACCAAUGUAAGACACAAGGCAUCCAUUCAGGCAGCUGUAUCUGUUUUUACGUCGGUGAGGAGCUUUACGGAUGUGAAGGACGAAACGAAGCAGGCGUUUGACACAUCGCUGCUAGAGUUCUUAGUGUGUCCUCUGUCCAAGAAGCCACUCAGGUUUGAAGUCACGACCAACGAGCUCAUCAACGACGAGCUCGGCAUCGCUUAUCCUAUCGUCGACGGAAUCCCCAACAUGAUCCCCCAGGAAGCCAGACUUGUACAGAAAGACUCAAACCCAUCUGCCCAAGAAUAGAAUUGUUCACCUUGCAUCCUCAACUAAACUUUUGGCACCCUAGUUCAUAUACUAUAUUCAUCGAAGUGGAGUAAGAGGUGAUGCUAAUCUAAUAUAAUUUAUUUAGAGGUUCACACAACUGCAAGCAUGUUUUCCUUGUCUAUGAUGGUAGGCUUGGUUCCCGUCGUGUCCCUCUUUGGUUUGUUCUACUCUGCCGCAGUGGAUGAAAACUUUCCUCAGGGCUGCACGAGUAGCAACAAUUUGUGCUUUUACAGUCUGCUGCUACCCAUCACCAUCCCUGUCUACGUCUUCUUCCACCUGUGGAGCUGGAUAGGAAUUAAGCUCUUCAGGCACAAUUAAAUUUUGAUGUGGUGUUUAACAAUGUUGUAUAAAUUAGUGACACCCUGCCCCUUGUUUGCCCUUGCUUUUAUUUGUAUUUUCGAAAUGCAAAAAUUCAGGCCAGAAUGUUACUUACAGUAAAGAUGACAUAUUCUCUUAAUGCAAUAAACUGUACCAAUAACAUCA